CAUGGGCUGCUGUUAAAUUAGGGGAAGAACAUCUGCCCCCCGCCGCCUGGGGCCGGGCAGGCCCAGCCUGGGAGCCGGGCAGAGCUCCCACACCCAACGAGAUUUUUUUUUCCUUUUUUUUUUCUUUCUCGAAUGUUGUUCCUGAGUUGGUUUUUGAAUCUGCGGUGAGAUCCCGUGUCCCUGUCCCCCCGGGGGUGCGGGGUUGUCCGUCCGUCCGUCCGGCCGGCCUCCCGUCCGAUGGAGCCCCGGCCGGCUUGGCGGGAGGGGCCGGACAUGGCGCCGGACCUCAGCCCGGACGAGGAGCAGGCCACCAAGCAGUUUCUGGAGGAGAUUAACAAGUGGACGGUGCAGUACAAUGUGUCUCCUCUUUCCUGGAACGUGGCUGUCAAGUUUCUCAUGGCCAGGAAGUUUGACGUGCUCCGUGCCAUCGAGCUGUUCCAUUCGUACCGGGAAACGCGACUGAGAGAGGGAAUCGUGAAGCUGAGACCUAAUGAAGACCCUCUGCGCUCCGAGCUGCUCAGUGGGAAGUUCACCAUCUUGAAUGUGCGGGAUCCUUCCGGAGCCUCCAUCGCGCUCUUCACUGCCAGGUUGCACCAUCCCAACAAGAGCAUCCAACACGUGGUGCUCCAGGCCCUGUUCUACAUACUGGACCGAGCAGUAGAGAGCUAUGAAACACAGAGAAAUGGGCUGGUGUUUAUCUAUGACAUGGGGGGUUCCCAUUAUACCAACUUUGAGCUGGACCUUAGCAAGAAAAUCCUCAACCUGCUAAAGGGAGCGUUCCCGGCCCGGCUGAAGAAGGUGCUGAUUGUGGGGGCCCCGAUGUGGUUCCGCGUGCCCUAUUCCAUCAUCAGCCUCCUCCUCAAAGAGAAGCUCCGGGAAAGGGUGCAGAUGGUGAAGACGAGUGAACUGCCUCAGCACCUGCCCCGGGAGUGUCUUCCCGAAGGCCUGGGUGGCUACUUGAAAAUGGAUCCCGUCAGCUGGAACUUCAGGUUCCUCCCCCAGGUGAACGGCCACCCGGACCCCCUUGACGAACUCAUCCUGGUCUCCCUGUCCUCAUCCUCCUUCUCCUCCUCGUGUGACCAAGCGUCGGUGCACGUCCCGAGCCCCCAGGCCCUGACGGUCCAGCAGCUGUUGGAACACAUGAACCUCAUGCAGAAGAGGGGGAUCUACGAGGAGUACGAGGACAUCCGCCGCAGCAGCCCCUCCGGAACCUUCAGCUGUUCCUUGUCUCCACAGAACCUGGAGAAGAACAGAUAUGGGGAUGUUCCCUGCCUGGACCAAACCCGAGUGAAGUUAUUGAAACAGCUUAACGGCUCGGAGAGCACUCAGUCAGACUACAUCAAUGCCAGCUACAUGGAUGGCUAUAAACAAAGGAAUGCGUACAUCGGCACCCAAGGCCCCUUGGAAAACACUUUCCGUGAUUUCUGGCUCAUGGUGUGGGAGCAGAACGUCCUGGUGAUCGUCAUGACCACACGGCUAGAGGAGGGCGGCCGGAGGAAGUGUGGCCAGUACUGGCCGUUAGAGAAAGACUCUCGGGUUAGAUACGGUGGCCUCAUUCUGACCAACCUGGGAGUGGAGUCCUUGAGUCAUUACAAGAAGACGGUGCUGGAAAUUCAUAACCCUGAGGACCGAGAGAGACGGCGCGUGACCCACUUCCAGUUCCUGAGCUGGCCCGAUUAUGGCGUCCCCUCGUCCGCAGCCUCUCUGAUCGACUUCUUGGGGUCAGUCAAGCAUCAGCAGAGGGUGGCUGUCAGCGCCUUGGGGCCGCGCAGCAGAGGUCACCCCGGAGGGCCACCGAUCGUGGUCCACUGCAGUGCGGGCAUUGGCAGGACAGGUACCUUCUGCUCGCUGGAUAUCUGCCUCUCACAGCUGGAGGACGUGGGCACGCUGAACGUGUACCAGACCGUGGUACGCAUGCGAACCCAGAGAGCGUUCAGCAUCCAGACCCCCGAGCAGUACUACUUCUGUUACACGGCCAUUAUCGAGUACGCGCAGAGGGAAGGCCUGCUGUCCCCUAACCACUCGCGGCCGGGCGUGGAGCGGCAGUGACCGGCCCCCGGAGCCCCUGUCCCCCGAGGCCAGGGACCGACUGACCACUGGCUCCCUUCCGCCCUCGCCUCCCCUCUAGGUAGCCGUCAGGAACGUGGAGGCAAACCCCCCGCGGCCCGAUCCCUUGGCUAGAUAGUAAUGACGCCGUCACCCCGAGUAGCCACCGGCUAACAGCUCGUGUCGUGUCUUAGCACCUGCUAUUGAACUGUGCCUUACGAAAACCAAACUGUGGCUACCCAUUUGCCAGGGGUCCCUAGAGGUAAGCGGGGGCCGAUUUCCCUCCCUCUCCACCCCACUCCCCGCCCCCCAGGCCUUUCCCAUCCUUCCUACGUGCCUUGGCCACGGUUUGAUGGGAAGGGGAGGAGAAACCACCUCCAGGAUCUCCUGAAACCUCAUCUUUGCCAGUGCCAAGAGAGUCUGAGAUUUAAGAAGGGCACGUGUGUUUCCGUCUCAUCUGCCAGUCGGUGUGCGUGUCUUCAGUGUGUGUGUGUGUGCGUGUGUGCGCGCGCCCGUGCGCGUGUGGGUUCGUAUGUAUGUGUGUAUAUAAUAUAUACUUUGUGUUCUUAUGUACGUAGUAUAUAAAUACAUGUAUACACACACUUCUUUCUAGCAGUUCAUGGAGCUAAAUGGCACGUCCCUGCGGCGAAAGCAGGCGGCGGCCAGUGAGGGGGCCUGCACGUGAUCUGGCGGGAGGCUUCUCCCGGCCCCCCCCCGGCGUGGCCCCUGGCCAGCCAGAGAACCCUCUAGAAAUGACACUAGAAGCUUAAGAACGGGCUCCAUCAGGACGGUACCGUGACCUAUGUAGGGGACCAAAUUGUCGGGGAGAAGGACACGGCCCCCACGCUUGCCGUUCACCCCUUCUUUCCCGGUGCAACCCACAGAUGGCCCAGAGGGGUGGUGGGGCGGGGAGCCCCCGUCCCGGUCCCGGCCGCUGCCCGUUCCCAGCGCCGAGGCCUGAUGGGCCUGGUGCAGCCUCGGUCGAAUAGGGCACGUCCGGCUCUCGCCGGACAAUUAGCUCCUUUGACUUCGCCGACCGGGGAGAUCCCCCCUUGUCCUCCCUUAAUAAGGAGUUGCGGACCGCCGCCGUGAUGCUGGGAACUCCCUCCCACCGCUGCCCUUGGGGCAGGCGGAGACCUCCCUCGGGAAGAGCCGGGGUCAAAGGCCGUCGGUACGAAGUAUUAGAAGUCGGGCGGAGGGAGGGUAACAGGUGCACAGGCCCCAGCAUCCCGGAGGAGAACCUUUGCCUGGGAGACUUGCUUCGUAGGGGCAAGAGCUGGAUUUUGUUUGGGUUGGAGGGCUCCCCUUCCAAGCCCCCCAGCCCCGUCCUGCCCACCCUAGUGUCCUGUCCCUACCAGCCAACCAAAAAUCUGGGCCGCCUCGGUGCCAAGGGGAAACGCCCAACUGGGAGAUGCCGAUUUCCACCCCGUCUCCGUCCCCUCGCCCCCUCCUCCCUGCUCCCCCUACCCUGGCCUCUGCUGCUCUGGCGGAGAACCCGGUGGGCCGGUUGAUGAAAGCAGGGUGCCCCAGUUGGCACUGAGUCCGGGAGACCACCGUUCACCCCCCCCACCCAUCCCUUCUCCCCCAUCCCAGAUGAUGAGGUUGGCAGCUGAUCGGACCUCAGUAAUUUUAUACUGUAAUAAGUAAGCUCUUUGAAUGUGUAUAUUCUUAUUUUUACAACCUUUUCAUUUUGUAUUUAACGUUAAUGGGUUGAGUCUGAUGCGGAGAAUAAUUGUAAAUGUUCAUAUUCAAUAUCUUAUGGCGAUACAGUUUUGUAUUUACAGAUAAAUAUACCUACCGAUGCUCAGA